AUGCUGUUCUUCAGCAGUCUUUUAUGGCUCUUUUCUCUGACCUAUGCUGUCGCGGAGCCCACCAACUUCUCACAGCCAGACUUCGAUGUCAUCGUUAUCGGCGGCGGCCCAGCUGGCCUUUCUGCUCUGAGUGGCCUCGCAAGAGUGCGUAGAAAAGCGCUUCUCAUUGAUUCUGGGGAAUAUAGAAAUGGUCAAACGACACAUAUGCACGAUGUCAUCGGUUGGGAUGGUGUUCAGCCCGCUUAUUUCCGCCAUGAAGCUCGCCGUCUCCUCAAGCACUACAAAACCGUCAGGAUGGUGAACGGGACAGUAAUCGAUAUAAAGCGCCUCCCCGGGACCAACACACGCUUCUCCGUCUCCGUUGAACGUCCCGACGGCAAAGUCAACAGAUUACCCGUAGAAAUCCUAGCGCGCAAAAUAGUCCUCGCAACUGGCCUGAAAGACAUUCUGCCCUCCACGCCUGGCAUUGCGGAGAACUGGGGCAGGGGCAUUUACUCGUGUCCUUGGUGCGACGGCUACGAGUACGCCGACCAGCCCCUCGGUCUUUUAUGCCCCCUCGACAAGGUCGCCAACUACGUUAGAAAAGUCCUUACGCUCGGCACCGACAUCGUCGCCUUCGUCAACGGGACUGAUAACGAAGAGAUGAGGAAGCUGGCUGACGCGCGAUUUCCCCAGUGGGAGGAGUAUCUGCAGCUUCACAACGUGACGAUCGAUAACCGCACCAUAACCUCUCUCGAACGCCUCAAGGCCGGCGAAGAAGUGGAUAAGAAUCCGCAGUUGCCCUCGGUCCCGAAAGAUGACCUCUUCAGGGUGCAUUUCACAGAGGGUGAACCCGUGCAACGAGUUGCUUUCCUGUCGAGCUUCCCCAGUAGGCAGCGUUCGGAUAUUGGAGAAAAAGCCGGCGUGGCUUCGGCGUACGGAAAGCUGAGAGUCACGAGUGGUGGGAUGCUCACGAAUGUGGCCGGUGUCUAUGCUGUGGGUGAUGCGAAUUCUGACAGCGCUCCUAAUGUCCCGCAUGCGAUGUAUACGGGGAAGAAGGCCGCUGUGGCAAUCCAUGUGGCACUUGAGACAGAGAACCAGGUUGCUGAGCUUGCGGAAAUAGCAGAGUCCUAA